UGUGUCAUGUGAUGACUGAGUCAAAAACAGCUUCAAAACCUGCAGACUCUUUCUAUUCAGUUCUUUGUUACUCUGAAUGUUUGUGAAGCAGCUUUAACACACAACAUACAUGUUUACAAGUUGCACACAUUGGACAAAACCAACCAGGUUGUAAGAGGAGUAUGCAGUACUGUUAAUAAUUGAGCUCAUUCUGCCUGUCUCCAAGUCCUCUGCUUAAAAAGAUGUUGCAGAUGGGGAUCUUCUGUCUGGCUCUGCUGGGCCUGAGCUCAGCGCUGGUCUGUCCGGAUGGAGGCAUGUGUGAAGACAAAAACACCUGCUGCAAGAACACUGUGGGAGAAUAUGGAUGCUGUCCGCUACCUCACGCUGAGUGUUGUUCAGACCAUCUCCACUGCUGCUUUGAGGGGACGGUUUGUGAUCUCGUCCACUCCAAAUGUGUUAAUAAGACAGUGUCCCUGCCCUGGAUGAGACGCGUUCCCACCAAACAGGCUCUGCUCGGCCCUCAGGUAACGCUCGGGGAGAGAGUGAAAGCAGUAAUUUGUCCAGACGAGGAGUCUGAAUGUCCCGAUGACACCACUUGCUGCCAGCUUCUUGAUGGCUCCUGGGGCUGCUGUCCAUUACCUAAGGCGGUGUGUUGUGAGGAUAAACUCCACUGUUGCCCCGGGGGAACAAAGUGUGAUCUUGCUCACUCAAAGUGUGUGUCUGCCUCGAUGGAGUCCUUCCCCAUGCUGCAGAAACUGCCUGCCCGGAGGAUAGAGAAUAAUCCAGUUUCUACCGUAGGUUCAGUGAUAUGUCCUGGUGGGAAAAGCAGCUGCCCAGAGAGUUUUACAUGUUGCCUUCUAACCAGUGGAGACUACGGCUGCUGCCCUUACACAGAGGCCAUGUGCUGCAGCGAUCAUAUCCACUGUUGCCCUAGCGACACCAUAUGUGACAUGGAGCAUGGGAUCUGCAAGUCUGGUGACACGAGCCUGCCGCUGCUGAAGAAGAUCGCUGCCGUACCCAAUGACGUCGAGUGUCCAGACAAGAUAUCUGCAUGUCCUGACGAGACAACGUGCUGCCAGAUGACCAACGGCACAUAUGGCUGCUGUCCCAUGCCCAAUGCGGUCUGCUGUUCAGAUCACGCCCACUGUUGUCCUGAAGGAACAGAGUGUGACCUCUCCCACAGCACCUGUGUGUCCGCCCGGGGAGAGAGCACCAUGAUCUCGAAGAUCCCCGCUGCUGCCACGGAGCUGGUGGCCGCUGGGAGCAAAGUCGGAGCUGUUCCCUGCAACGCCUUUGUGGCCUGCGCUGACGGAAACACCUGCUGUAAAUCAUCAGACGGACAAUGGGCCUGUUGUCCACUGCCUAAGGCUGUGUGUUGCAAGGACCACGUUCACUGCUGCCCCCACGGCACCACAUGUAACCUUGCAGCCUCCACCUGCGACAAUCCCUCAGGCAGCCCCGUGGUGCCCUGGCUCGGCAAAGUGCCCGCCUUCCCCUUACUGACCAACAACAGCAAGUGUGACGAGACCGCGUCGUGCCCUGGGAAAUCCACCUGCUGUAAGACGGAGAGCGGAGGCUUGGCCUGCUGUCCUCUGCCGCAGGCUGUGUGCUGUGACGACCACGUCCACUGCUGCCCUCCCAGCACAGUCUGCAACCUGGAGGCAGAAAGUUGUGACGACCCGGCGGGGUUCUUACCUUCCCUCCGCUGGGUGGAGAAGGUGCCGGCUCUGACCAGGGAGGUGGAGAAUGAGAAAUGUGACAAGCAGACCAUGUGUCCAGGAGGCACCACCUGCUGUAAUAAAGGCUUGGGACAGUGGGCCUGCUGCCCCUUACCUCAGGCCGUGUGCUGUAACGAUCGUGACCACUGCUGCCCCGAAGGCUACAAAUGUAACGUGGCUGAACAGGCGUGCGACAAACCCGGAGACCUCAGUCGGCCCUGGCUGCAGAAGAUCCCGGCCCUGCAGAAAGAGCCCGGUCCAACUCUUCCGGCCAGGAACAUGUGUGACGCCCAGACCAGCUGCCCCAAAGAUACGACCUGCUGCUUCAUGGAGAAGAGCCACAAAUGGGGCUGCUGCCCUCUGCCGAAUGCGGUGUGUUGUAGUGAUGGAAACCACUGCUGCCCCGACGGUCACACCUGUGAAGCUCACCGCUCUUCCUGCUCUAAGGGCCCCCAUGUCGUCAUACCUUGGUUCAGCAAGCUGAGCGCCGUGACCGAGCCGGGCGCCGUCACGGACGUUAAAUGUGACGACAAAAGCAGCUGUGCUGCAGGAACCACCUGCUGUAAGCUGCAGACGGGAGAGUGGGGCUGCUGCCCGCUGGUCAAGGCGGUGUGCUGCGCGGACCGCGAGCACUGCUGUCCUCAGGGCUACACCUGCAACAUGCAGACCGGAACGUGCGAGAAGAAGAACCACGACGCGCUCCUCCUCAGCCUCCCUCAGAGCAAAGUGGUACGGUCCGAGCCGAGAGACACCGAGGACGACGCCGACGUCCCCUGUGACGCCACGGGGGAGGUCCGCUGCCCCGUGCAGGACACGUGCUGCAGGGUCUCAGCCGCAGAGUGGGCCUGCUGCCCCUCACCCCGGGCGGUGUGCUGCUCCGACUCUAAGCACUGCUGUCCUGCAGGGUACUCUUGUGACCUAAAGGCUGGAGGUUGCACCCUGCACCCCCAGCUGACCUGGGACACUUUGAUUGGGGACAGAAAGAAAAACUUUGUCCGACAUGGACUUUAAUCCCACUCAAAGAAGUGUAUUUACCAACUGUUGGGGGUAGGUGUGGAGCCGACGUGGUGGCAGUGAAGACAUCAUAAUGAACUAGAAGCCAUUUAAUACCUUAACUUGAUGUAAAAAACAAACAAAGGAAGUCUUUUCAUGUUUUGCACCA